CUGUUCUCUUCUCCCUCUUUUCCUACUCUCUUCCCUCUCCUCGUGUAGCCUGUCUUCAUCGCCCCAGCUCAGCUUGUCUCUCUUCCUCUUCCUCCACGGAGGGCCAAUUGCUUGACCGCUUGCUUGUUUAUUUAUUUUUUUUCUCCUUGUUCCCUAUCGUCCAUCAUGCGUCUUAACACCGCUCUCACCUCCGCUCUGGUCUCCUCGGCCUCUCUCAUGGGCUAUGCUCAUGCUGAGGAGGCAGAGGCUAACCCCGAUGCUACCUCCGCCAUCGAGAGGCCUACCUUUACUCCCACCUCCCUCAAGGCCCCCUUCCUGGAACAAUUCACCGACGACUGGCAAUCAAGAUGGACUCCCUCUCAUGCGCAGAAGGAGGACUCUAAGUCCGAGGAGGACUGGGCUUACGUUGGCGAAUGGGCCGUCGAGGAGCCCUCAGUCUUCAAGGGAAUUGACGGAGACAAGGGUCUCGUGGUCAAGAACGUUGCUGCCCACCACGCCAUCUCCGCCAAGUUCCCCAAGAAGAUUGACAACAAGGGCAAGACCCUGGUAGUCCAGUACGAAGUCAAGCCGCAAAACUCCCUGGUCUGCGGUGGUGCCUACAUGAAGAUUCUUCAGGACAACAAGAAGCUUCACGCGGAGGAGUUCUCCAACACCAGCCCCUACGUGAUCAUGUUUGGUCCCGACAAGUGCGGUGCCACCAACAAGGUUCACUUCAUCUUCCGCCACAAGAACCCCAAGACCGGCGAGUAUGAGGAGAAGCACCUCAAGACUCCUCCUGCCGCUCGUACCUCCAAGCUCAGCUCCCUCUACACCCUCAUCGUCCGCCCCGACCAGUCCUUCCAGAUCCUCAUUGAUGGUAGCGCUAUUAAGAACGGCACUCUUUUCGAGGACUUCAACCCCCCCGUUAACCCCGACAAGGAGAUCGAUGAUCCUAAGGACAAGAAGCCCGAGACCUGGGUUGACGAGUCCAAGAUCCCCGACCCUGAGGCUACCAAGCCCGAAGACUGGGACGAGGAGGCUCCCUACGAGAUCGUCGAUGAGGAGGCUACCAUUCCCGAGGACUGGCUUGUGGAUGAGGCUACUAGCGUGCCUGACCCGGAGGCUGAGAAGCCCGAGGACUGGGAUGACGAGGAGGAUGGCGACUGGGUCCCUCCCACCGUUCCCAACCCCAAGUGCGCUGAUGUCUCUGGAUGCGGCCCCUGGUCUGCUCCCCUGAUCAAGAACCCUGCCUACAAGGGCAAGUGGUCCGCUCCUCUGAUCGAUAACCCGGCCUACAAGGGACCUUGGGCUCCCCGCAAGAUUGCCAACCCCGCAUACUUCGAGGACAAGACUCCCUCCAACUUCGAGCCUAUGGGCGCUAUUGGUUUCGAGAUCUGGACCAUGCAGAACGACAUCCUCUUCGAUAACAUCUACAUUGGUCACUCCGUUGAGGACGCCGAGCAGCUCCGCAAGGAGACCUUCGACGUCAAGCGCCCCAUUGAGGAGGCUGAGGAAGAGGCCGCCAAGCCCAAGAAGGUCGAAGAGCCCGUUAGCACCAGCGUCACCUUCAAGGAGGACCCCGUUACCUACAUCCGUGAGAAGGUCGACCACUUCGUUGGCCUUGCCAAGGAAAACCCCGUCAACGCCGUCAAGCAGGUUCCUGAGGUUGCCGGCGGCCUUGGUGCCCUUCUUCUGACCAUGAUCCUCGUCAUUGUUGGCGCUAUUGGCGCCAGCAGCCCAGCACCCGCUCCUGCUGCCAAGAAGGGCAAGGAGGCUGCUUCCGCUACCAAGGAGAAGGCUAGCGCCGCUACCAGCUCCUCGGCCGAUACUGGCAAGGGCGGUGCUACCAAGCGCACCACACGAUCCUCGGCGGAGUAAAAAAAAAAAAAAAAAAAAAAAAAAA